UGAGACUGUCUCUUCUCGGUGGGUGGGGCUCCUUCUCGACUCGAAGGGGUUCCUCUCUCUCUCUCUCUCUCUCCGAGUCUCUCAGGUUUAUUCCUCAGCAUAUUUCCUCCACCACCAUCGUCUUCUUCUUCUUCUCUCUGUAGAUUAGGUCAUCAAUCUCUUCUCUUUUUCCAUUUUCACGGUGAUUGUACAUAACCCUAACUUCAUCUAACCUACCAUCCGUCAAUCCCCAUGGCCGCUACUGUCCCCCACUCCGACGGAGACCAGCUGCUCGUCGACGGUCUCCGCGAUCUCUCCAUCUCAGAUCAGGGAGAAGCAUGUCCCCAUAAGAGUCAUGGAAUGGGCUGCGGCGAUCAUGGAGGGGUCUGUGCUAUAUGCUUGGACAGUAUUGCGCUUCAGGAGACGGCUCUUGUAAAAGGUUGCGAGCAUGCCUACUGUGUGACAUGCAUCCUUCGUUGGGCCUCAUAUAAAGAGAAUACAACCUGCCCUCAGUGUAAACUCCCAUUUGAGUUCCUCAAUGUCCAUCGCGCUCUCGAUGGCAGCAUCCUUGAUUACAUGUUUGAGGAGAGUGUCCGCCUGCUUCUGAGAGCCCCGUGGUUUGAGCCUCUAACUGUUCAUAAUCAUGAAGAUCGCUCGGAGGAGCCUGAAUACUAUUACCCUUACGAGUAUGAGUAUGAGUACGAGGAUGAAGAUCUCAAUGAAGCUUAUUUCCCUAGCUCAAGUCUUCGAAUUGGGAAUCGCCGUUGGGGAGACAAUGGAUAUGUCAGGUCAGGGCGGCAGGAAGCCCGGCCUGUGUAUCAUCCAAAUGCCCAGGAGGCAGCCUCCUCCAGCUCGUCAUCCCGUCAAGCCAAGAAGAAAGAACCAGUGGCUGCUAAGGAGGCUACUGGGCGGCGUGCGAAGAGAGCGCUCAAGCGUGAAGCUGCUGACAAGGCGGCAGCAGCGCAAGCAGCGCACAAGCACCAGCAGCAUCUGACAAGGCUUGGCAGGAAGUGAUCCUGUUGGACCAGCCGAGUAAGCCCUUGGAACUGAAGAUGUGCUAUGUACAGUGUCUCAUUCAAUGAUAUUCUGAAUGUGAAAUAAUUUGACAUUGGAAGCUAGUUGCGAUUAGGUUGUUCCAGUGACGACAUACUUCUGUACAGUAGUAUCGUGGUGUCAUUGCAUUUCAUGAUGACUUUGAUAUGAUAGGAUCAAAUAUUAUGUUAGAUGUAUCUCUAGUUAGGCAUCUCUUUUGUUGCAUAUGUUAGAGUGCUGCAUUAGCGCACUCUUACAGAAGAAGAGCCUUUAAGUUGGUCGAACAGAGGAUUUCGCUCUUUGGAUAUUUUAUCUUUUAUGCCAUCAACAUAAUAAAAAGGGUGUAUUGCGCCAUA